CUUUGGGGUUAAGAUAAGAGGUGUCACCUUUAAACAUUGCAACUGGAACCAUGACAAUGAUGGAAGAGCACGCUCCUGGACUCUCCAAUACAUCCCAGUAUUGACUACAGAUUGUAAAGAACCAUUUUUGCAAGACAAAGCCUGAAUGCUCUUUGUUACAAUGAAAGGGCUUAGCAUUCUGUUUCUCAUCUGUUCUUCUGCUUCUGUUAAAGGCUCCAGUGUCUACCGCAAUGCUGACCGGAACCAAGCUGAAUCGAAUGGGAUGCGCUAUUUGCUUGAACCCAUACACAGCGUGAUCCAGACACAUAGGGGAGCUAAUGUCACCCUUCCCUGCAUCAUGCGUAGUCGCCCCAGAAGCUACAAGGUGAAAUGGAGCAAGGUCAAUCCAGCAGAUCCACUGGAGAAUCUCAUAAUCAUUUCCAAUGGGCAGCAUCAUAAGAAAUAUGCCAAUCUGAAGGGCCGGGCACGUCUCAGAAGAAAUCACAGACUUGAUGCCUCUCUGGUAAUCAUCAACGUAACCCUAGAAGAUGAAGGACGAUACAGAUGUGAAUUGGUGAAUGGCUUACAUGAUCAAAGCUUGACUUUAUCACUGGAACUAGAGGGGGUUGUUUUCCCAUAUCAGUCUAGCCAAGGACGCUAUAAAUUUAACUACACAGAAGCCUGGCAGGCUUGUGAAGUGCAAGAUGGCAGAUUAGCUACAUUCUCUCAACUCUACCAAGCAUGGACAGAUGGACUUGACUGGUGUAAUGCUGGCUGGCUCUUGGAUGGGACAGUUCACUAUCCAAUCAUUAUCCCCCGAGAACCAUGUGGUGGAAACAUUCCUCCUGGGAUACGUAGCUAUGGGCCAAAAGACAAGGCAAGAGACAGAUUUGAUGCUUUCUGCUUCACCUCUGCUCUGAAAGGAUACGUUAUUUAUGUGCAUGGUCCAAUGACCUAUAGAGAAGCUAUUAAUGCCUGUCAAGAUCAUAAAGCCAAUAUUGCAAAGGUUGGACAUCUCUAUGCCGCUUGGAAGUUUUUUGGCCUGGACCACUGUGACGGUGGAUGGUUGUUGGAUGGCAGUGUUCGUUUCCCCAUCACAGAUCCAAGGGAACCAUGUGGAGGACUUCCAGACCCUGGGGUGAGGAGUUUUGGAUUCCGCAAUCAGGAGCAACGGCUUUAUGGAGUGUACUGCUAUGUAGAUACUUAGGUGAAUGGUCAUUAUGCUAUAAAUAUGAUCUUUCUCCUAAAUGGAAAUGCUGCUUUUCUAUCUAUUUUAAUGUUUGAUGAGUAACACUGUUACUCAAGGGCCUUUAACAAACCUUAUUGUUGGGAUGUUCCAACAUGCACUUUAAUACCAACUGUUUUGAUGGUCCCACCUGAGUUUCAACUUAGCAGAGGACUGAACCUAUGACCAAGGCUUAGGGUAGGAGGAGGACAAGUCAAUAAUAUUUAUUCUCUAGAACAAAUCUCUCAAAGUAUUGUGUGUAACGGUAUGGCAAUAACAAUUAGUCCUAGCUAUUGCAUGGUUAUUAAUAAAUUGUGCUUCCCAAUUGUAUUAAAAUAUCAUUUCCUCAUUGUACAUAAUUGUACAUAGAAACCCAAAACUCUGAUUUUAUGAUUCAGACAGAGCAUUCAAUUUUAAAAAAGUUUCCAAUUUACUUCUAUUAUCAAAUUUGCUUUGCUCCCAUGAUAUUGUGUGUUGAAGAGAUACCUAGGUAGGCAUCUGGCGCACUACAUAGCA